AUUGUGGUAUUCGGUUUGUUGAUCAAAACUCAUUAGCUUCAAAAUUUUCAUUUGAAUCUCUAGACACAAAUUAUAGAUGGGUUUCUUCUUGGAAAAUUUAACGGCGAAAAAAAUGUUGUUGUUUGUGCUACUGAUGAUCGACAUAGGUUCAUCAGUCAUGAUGGUUACCGGAGAAGUGUACAAGGUUGGUGAUUCGGCUGGUUGGACUGCGGAUUCCAACUCGAAUUAUGCAGAUUGGGCGUCUUCCAAGACCUUUCAUGUUGACGAUGUUCUUUUGUUCGAGUACAACGCAACCAAGGAUAAUGUGAUACUCGUAACUCUCCCUGAUUUCCGGUCAUGCAACACCUCGGCUCCUUUAAAAAUGUACAACUCGGGCAAUGACUCAUUCACUAUCAAGUCAGGAGGUCAUUACUUCUUCACUAGCAAUUUUUCGGGCCAUUGCCAAGGCGGUCAAAAGCUCGAUGUCAGGGUCCUCAAACCAUCUUCUCCACCCACCACCCCACCGCCAAGUCCCACCACCAGCCCGAGCCUGAGCCCGAGCCCAAGUGCAUCCCAUGCAGCAGCGGGACCCGUAGAGUCAAAGGGGGUAGCACCUAGCCCAACUCAAAGCAAGGGGGCAACAUAUGAUCCAAAGUGGUUGCUUGUGAACACCCUUGGUGUGACCAUAAGUAGUCUUGUAGUAUUGGUUCAUGGUUAUGCUUAGAAAUAAUAAAAUGCCAGUAUUUUGAUUUUGUAAUAAUUAUGAGAAUCUUAAUUUAUUUUUAAUGGGAUUUAGUAUUUAAGGCA